UUCAGGGCUGCAACUAUCGUCACUGCUCCUGAUGGCACACAAACAUUUUCAUUUGAGCCUGUUAUUGGCCGAUAUGUCAACAUUUUUUUACCUGGGAAUGAUGAAGUCCUUACUCUGUGUGAAGUCGAGGUGUCUGCAGAAAAGGACACACCAUUGUACAUUUGUAGUCCAAGGAAUCUUGUUCUUGGAGCCACAGCUGUCCAGUCUUCCACAUACGAUGAAUUAGCAGCUGCUCAAAAAGCUAUCGAUGGCAACAGGAAUUCAAUUCGCAAACAGGGAUCAUGCAGUCAUACUAAAGAUGAAAAGGACCCCUGGUGGAGAGUUGACUUGUUGGAAGUCUACGAGGUAACCAGAGUUAGCAUCACUAAUCGUGGAGAUGGUUAUGCACAGAGAAUAAAUGGUGCUCAGAUCCGUAUCGGCAACAGCCUGGAAAAUAAUGGCAACAAUAAUGAGCUGGCUGCGACUGUUGAGUCCAUCCCACCUGGAGACACAAAAACAUUUGAGUUUAAGCCUAUUAAGGGACAAUAUGUCAACAUUUUUAUCCCUGAACGCAAUGAAUAUCUCACACUGUGUGAGGUUGAGGUGUUUGCAGAGCAACGUCACGCCUUCACUGAUCGCCCAGAGCAAUGUCACGCCUUCGCUAUGGCCACCCCCUCGGUGCUCGAGGAUGUAGGGGGCAUUCCAGCCAUUGAGUCCGCUCCAGCAGCUGCUCCAACCGGAGAACCCUCGCCUCAUCCUCUGAAGAGGAGGAGGAGGAGGAGGAAGAAGGCUUUUCCGAUUCUUCAAGGCUCAGAAGCCUUCCAAGAGGCCGCUGUGGGUCCAGAGACCACUCCAGAGAAUGUUUUCCUGACUGAAGAUGGUUACCUCAAUCUAGGUGAUUUUGGAUGCUCAAAAGCAUUGGAAAGCCGGUCUGUCAGCUGCAGUGAUCGGAGCAGCUGGAGGAAUCACACUGGUUUCACUCUUGGUGCAGCUCUGAUUGUCACAGGUGUUGGCGUUGGAGCUGCAGGUGGUGCAACAGGUACUGUUUCUAACAUUGCCAAUGCAGUCAAACAAAAAUCACUAUGUGAGAGCCUUGAAAAAAUGGAGCAGAUUAUGAUGGCGAUACGUGUGAUUGUGUUUCUAACACUUACUGGACUGUGUGUCGCUGUUUCCAGAGGGAAUCUUGCUCUUAAUGCCAAGGCUGUGCAGUCCUCCACAUGCCAACAGGGAGAUGCUGAACGUGCAGUAGAUGGAAACAGAGGCUCCUGCUCUCACACUAAUUCUGAGUUUAAUCCAUGGUGGAGAAUUGACCUUGGAAAUGUCUACAGUGUACACAAAGUUACCAUCACUAAUCGUGGAGACUGUUGCAAAAAGCGGCUUAAAGGAGCUCAGAUUCGUAUUGGUAACAGUCUGGACAACAACGGAAACGACAAUGAACUGGCUGCAACUCUUCUCACUGUUCUUGAUGUCACAGAAACAUUUUCAUUUGAGCCUGUUAUUGGCCGAUAUGUCAACAUUUAUUUACCUGGGAAUGAUAAAGUCCUUACUCUGUGUGAAGUCGAGGUGUCUGCAGAAAACUACACACCAAUGUACAUUACUGUUCCAAGGAAUCUUGCUCUUGGAGCCACAGCUGUCCAGUCUUCCACAUACGAUGAAUUAGCAGCUGCUCAAAAAGCUAUCGAUGGCAACAGGAAUUCAAUUCGCAGUCGUGGGUCAUGCAGUCAUACUAAAGCCGACAGGGACCCCUGGUGGAGAGUUGACUUGUUGGAAGUCUACAAGAUAUCCAGAGUUAGCAUCACUAAUCGAGGAGAUUGUUGUCCAGAGAGAAUAAAUGGUGCUCAGAUCCGUAUCGGCAACAGCCUGGAAAAUAAUGGCAACAAUAAUGAGCUGUCUUUCAGCGAAGAAAGGAUGGGAAGACAAACUUCUUCAGGAGCUGUCGGGAAUACAGUAGUGGAUCCGGAGUGCUGGAUGGGGAAUUCUGGCUCGAAUGUUUUCCUGACUGAAGAUGGUUACCUCAAUCUAGGUGAUUUUGGAUGCUCAAAAGCAUUGGAAAGCCGGUCUGUCAGCUGCAGUGAUCGGAGCAGCUGGAGGAAUCACACUGGUUUCACUCUUGGUGCAGCUCUGAUUGUCACAGGUGUUGGUGUUGGAGCUGCAGGUGGUGCAACAGGGAAUCUUGCUCUUGGAGCCACAGCUGUCCAGUCUUCCACAUACGAUCAAUUAGCAGCUGCUCAAAAAGCUAUCGAUGGCAACAGGAAUUCAAUUCGCAAACAGGGAUCAUGCAGUCAUACUAAAGAUGAAAAAGACCCCUGGUGGAGAGUUGACUUGUUGGAAGUCUACGAGGUAACCAGAGUUAGCAUCACUAAUCGUGGAGAUGGUUAUGCACAGAGAAUAAAUGGUGCUCAGAUCCGUAUCGGCAACAGCCUGGAAAAUAAUGGCAACAAUAAUGAGCUGGCUGCGACUGUUGAGUCCAUCCCACCUGGAGACACAAAAACAUUUGAGUUUAAGCCUAUUAAGGGACAAUAUGUCAACAUUUUUAUCCCUGAACGCAAUGAAUAUCUCACACUGUGUGAGGUUGAGGUGUUUGCAGUCACCCCAGAGUCUGCCGAGUCCAUUUUAGUCACUGCUGGAUUGGCGGAUAUCACUGCAGUUCCGCCUGAGUUUGCAGAGUUAACGCUCCAGAGCCCGCUCAAGAGAGAGGAGUUCCUGAGUCUGCUCCAAAGAGGCUGUUCCAGAAAGUUCUCCAGAAAGUCAUUUCAGAGCCUGAGUCCAGUAUCGACUCCAGCCCCUGAGCCCAGUCCUGUGUCGGCUCCAGCCCCAGAGCACAGUCCUGUGUCGGCUCCAGCCCCUGAGCCCAGUCCUGUGUCGGCUCCAGCCCCUGAGCCCAGUUCAGUGUCGGCUCCAGCCCCUGAGCCCAGUUCAGUGUUGGCUCCAGCCCCUGAGCCCAGUCUAGUGUCGGCUCCAGCCCCAGAGCACAGUCUAGUGUCGGCUCCAGCCCCUGAGCCCAGUCCUGUGUCGGCUCCAGCCCCUGAGCCCAGUCCUGUGUCGGCUCCAGCCCCUGAGCCCAGUCCUGUGUCGGCUCCAGCCCCUGAGCCCAGUCCUGUGUCGGCUCCAGCCCCUGAGCCCAGUUCAGUGUCGGCUCCAGCCCCUGAGCCCAGUCUAGUGUCGGCUCCAGUCCCUGAGCCCAGUUCAGUCUUUUGUGAGGUUGAUACAGUGAUGAAUUCCAGGAUGGCCAUCCGUGUGAUUGUGUUUCUAACACUUACUGGACUGUGCGUCGCUGAUACCAAAGGGAAUCUUGCUCUUAAUGCCAAGGCUGUGCAGUCCUCCACAUACCCACUGGGAGAUGCUGAACAUGCAGUAGAUGGAGACAGAGACUCAAAUUACAGGAAGGGCUCAUGCUCUCAGACUAAAGCUGAGUUUAAUCCAUGGUGGAGAGUUGACCUUGGAAAUGUCUACAGUGUAAGCAACAUUACCAUCACUAAUCUUGGAGACUGUUGCAGAGAGCGGCUUAUGGGAGCUCAGAUUCGUAUUGGUAACAGUCUGGCCAACAACGGAAACAACAAUGUGCUGGUUGCAACUCUUCUCACUAUUAUUAAUGGCACAGAAACAUUUUCGUUUGAGUCCGUUAAUGGCCGAUAUGUCAACAUUUUAUUACCUGGUAAUGAUGAAAUCCUUACUCUGUGUGAAGUCGAGGUGUUUGCAGAUAAGUCCACACCACUGUACGUUUGUGUUCCAAAGAAUCUUGCUCUUGGAGCCACAGCUGUCCAGUCUUCCAUAUAUGAAACAUCAGCUGCUCAAAAAGCUGUCGAUGGCAACAGGGAUUCAAUUUAUAAUCUUGGGUCAUGCAGUCAUACUAAAGCGGACAGGGACCCCUGGUGGAGAGUUGAUUUGCUGGAGGUCUUCGAGAUAACCAGGGUUAGCAUCACUAAUCUUGGAGAUGGUGGUGCAGAGAGAAUAAAUGGUGCUCAGAUCCGUAUCGGCAACAGCCUGGAAAAUAAUGGCAACAAUAAUGAGCUGGCUGCGACUGUUGUGUCCAUCCAACGUGGAGAGACAAGAACAUUUAAGUUUAAGCCUAUUAAGGGGCGAUAUGUCAACAUUAUUAUUCCUGGGCGCAAUGAAUUUCUCGUACUGUGUGAGGUUGAGGUGUAUGAAGGUGAGUGA